AUGGCUUCAAUGGAAUCAAUUAUACCUAUUUUAGAUGAAUUCGAGAUUACAAGAAUACAUAAACAAGGGCUUAUAGAACUUGUAGACGAUGUUAAUGACUAUUUAAAGAAAAUUCUCCAAGUAGCAAAAACAAUUAAAUUUCAAUCUCGUCGAAAAAAACUUAAAAUUUCAGAUAUUAACGAUUCUUUGGAGUUUCUAGCAGAACUAAAGCUUUACGGAUAUUCAAAUACAAGUAUUCCUAGUUACAUACCAAUUCCACAAUCAGAUGUAUUACUUUCUGAAGAGAAAAUGACAAGUAUUGAUGAUAUUCUGAGAUCAAAUUCGGUUUCAGUGCCAGAAGAAGAAAAUUUCACGUUUCAUUGGCAAUUAAUUAAAGGCGAAACUCCUGUUUCUCCAGAAAUUCAAUUAGAAGAAAAGAAUGAUCAAAUAAUGCCACAAGAAAUUGAUUGGAAGAUUGGAAAUUACAAGAUAAAAGGGCGUCACAGCGAACCAAUUUCGAAUCAAUGUAAAGAAAAAUUUACUCGUAUAAUAGAGCAAUUCCUUGAGAAUAACAACGAAAACAUAUAUGAAGAAAUAGAAAAAUCAGCAGAUGCUAGAGUUCUUGCACCUUUUUAUAUCAAAUUUAUUACUGAUUUUAUUACGGUAAAUUUAUUUGAUUCUUUGCAGACAGAAAGAAUUCUAGUAUUUACAGAAGCAUUAUUCCAUAAUGAAUUCUUUGCAAAAGAAGUAUAUAGCAAUUCAUUUUUUUCAAUUGCAUUAACUCUUGCUAUAUCACCCGAACAUUUUAAUGGGGCACAUUGUUUCGAUAUCAGAGAUGAAGCAUCUAUAUUUUUGGAAGAAAUAAUUCAAUAUUUUUCAAAAUUUAAUCCAUUUAUUAAAGAAAACAUUCUAAAAAGAUUGAAUAUGAUGCUGUCUACAAAUAACUAUCAGCAGAGAUAUGGAUUACUUCGUUGUAUAUUCGCAAUAUCGCAAAAUACAUUUAAAUCAAUUAUUAUUCCAAAAAUUCUUACAGAACUCAAAAGUAUCAAGGAAUCAUUUCAUGAAAAUCCAAGCCAAAUCAGUUCUGAUGUUCUCCAGUUAAUUUCUUUAUAUAAAUCACUGACAAAAGAUUGUUAUGUUCAACUCCCUAAUCAUUUGAAGAAUGAUGAAAACACAAUAUCUAUGUACGAAGGAAUCCUUUCAUUUUCUAUAAUGUAG